AACGUUUUAUAAUCUUAGCAUUUCAAAAGGAUCACUGAAGCUUUUUUGGACCACCCUGUAUACAUGGAGUGAUAAAUGAAUGCACCUCACAGUGUGCAAGAAAAUCUCAUUCGGUCACACCUACAAAAACCGAGGUUCACAAAUUUUACGCUAUCAGUACAGCUUUGUUCGCCGAACUUUGAAGAUCCGUCCAAAUUCAAAACAUUCUUAGUUAUAGCUUUAUUGAAUCGCAAUGAAGUUCAUUUUGCUACUUGCGGUUUGUAUGUUCGGCUUCUGCUCGGCUGACUACAACAAAGUACAACUCACUGAAAUCAUGCAAGUGACCAAACGGUGCUACAAGCAACUCGAUAUUUCUUACGAUUCGGAUUUGGUGGAGCGUCUUAUUUACAACAGAGAUCUACCGGAUGAUGCUAUUACAAAAAAAUUCAUCAACUGUUUCCUCACUGAAUUCAACGUAUGGGAAUCGGAGGGCGUCAUCAAUCGAGAUGUUGUGGUUAACUUUUUGGGGCGACAGUACGACCCGGUAAAGGUGCGAGCUACGGUUGAUAAGUGUCUCCGACCGGCUGGUGCCACUCCUGAAGAUAAAGCAUAUAACUAUAUUCGUUGCUUUUUUAAAAACAUUACGUACAAAAUUUAAAUGU